AUGAUCGGAAUCGACGCCGGCUGGCGAAACGGCGUCAUCAUCUCUCGUGGCGCACGAACCAUGGCGGCAUUGGCGGGCAUCACCCAUGUGGUCCUCGACAAGACCGGGACCCUGACAACCGGUGAAGUGCGGGUCUCCUCCGUCUACUUCCAACCGAACCGUCGAUGGACCAACCACCAAGUGUAUCGAAUGCUCGCCGCGGCCGAGGCUCCUCAUGCUCAGCGACAUCCCAUCGCGAAGGCCGUCUUCCAAUAUUCCCUGCUGCAGCUGAACAUGGAAGAGCGAACUUUUAGCGGGAGGGCCGCCAACGGGUCCGUCGUGAGUUCGGGGAUUCAGUGUCGGAUGGAGGUCGACGGGGAGGAGGUUAAUGUGCAUGUUGGGAGUGAGGCGUUCUUGCAGGAGCAUGGCAUCGCGAUGGACGCGGACAUUCCAUCAUCGGAACGGACAACGGCGGUCUACUUUGCCAUCAACUCGGAGUUUGGUGGAUUCAUGGCGCUGCAGGACACUGUUCGCGACGAAGCAUUGAGUGUGAUUGCCGAGAUGAAGAACCGUGGAUAUCAUGUGUUGAUUCUCACCGGCGACGUCGACGAGGAAGCCCAACGGGUGUCCAAGGAACUCGACAUUCCCAUCCUCGGUGCCCGAUCCGCUCCCCACCAAAAAGAAGCUAGCGUCCGCGACCUGCAAUCCAAAGGGCACAAAGUGGUCAUGGUCGGCGACGGCAUCAACGAUACGCUGGCACAGGCCGCCGCCGAUGCGGGGGUGUUGUUGGCGUCCAGCUGGGCGAGUAACGCCGGUGCUGCGGACGCCAUGAUCGUGUCGCCGGAUCUCAACGCGCUGCCCAAGCUGCUUUCAAUUUCGAAGAAGGUCACCGCCCAAGCGAAGUUCAACGUGUGGUAUUCCAUGGCGUACAACGUGGUGGCCCUCGCACUGGCAUCGGGGCUUCUACAUCCAUUUGACAUUGUCAUUACGCCCUCAACGGCGGGCACGUUGAUGUCGUUUUCGAGCGUUUCGGUCCUGGCCAUGGGCAGUCUGCUCUGGAAACGGCUGGAGUGAUACUCGUGAAGAGUCUCAAGCAGUAUCCUUGAAGCGGCAAGGCCGAUCAGCACAUUGCGGCUUCCACUGCUGGUGUGUCGCUCUUGCCAAACCAUGCAGAAGCUGGCGUGGAGGCCAAAAUGUUGUCCAAAGUGAUGGACGAGCCGCGGCUGUAUCACUCCAGGCUGGUGUGUCUAUGUACGAGUAGUCGGGGUUCAGCAACGGGGUUCAUUACGAUUAUACCAAUGCUACGAUUAGAAUCAUGAGAACAAACCC